AAUGUUUUGUAAUCAAAUGGAUUGUUCGAUCAUUAAAAUAUUUGCUGUAGGCUAGAGAAAUAAAAAUAGACUGACCAUUUUUUGCGGGACAAAUGGUGUUCCUUUUUGGAAUGCUCAUCGCGUAAAACAAUGACGCCUUUGCUUUCGUAAAACAACAUAUUUUUGUCGCAUGUUUAUUUUCAUUUUUCAAAUUCCUCAAAACAACCUAGGCUACAGGUGAUAGAAGGCCUUUUCCAACCAAAGAACAAACAGAUUUAAGCGAAAAAAAUAUAGCCCUACUCAAGGUAAAGAAAAUUCUAUUAAUGGAAGUUGAUUAAUAGGAUAGAAUGAUGGUGGAAUAAUAUGUAUGUUUUCACUAUCUGUAGCGUUUGUCUGUGGUUGACAACGUCCCUUACAUUUCCUCCAUAUUAUGCCUAGUGCUCUUUCGGUCUACCUCUCUUCUCUCUUGAGUCUUUUUGACCGACCUACGUCUUGCUCAUUUUCAGAUGGAGUUAGUGUCAGGUUACCGUGACCGGAUGAUUGAGUUCUCGGAGGCUAUGGCACAGUGGUAUCGCUGCUUCCAGACCACCCGUAGGGGGCGCAAAGAACCACAUAGUGAUUUCUGGGGGUACGAUUUUCCCCGAUACCACAUGGACCGCUCACCGUACUGGAUACUGCACCUGCUGGAUUGCGCUGCAAAGCCACCUGCAGCUAUUCCACGGCUAGAACAGGCUGGAGUGGACCCCUCCGAGCUCAUAAGUAGUGAAGGAGAGAGUGUUCUGAUGGUGACGGAUGCCUCUGGCCUGCCCCUGGGCUUUGACGUGCUGGCCGGUGGCUGGGCGGGGGCGCUGGGUGGGGGCGAGGCGGCGGGUGGAGAUGGGAAGGGGGCCCUGGAGACAAUCCAGAAGAUGGUAGGACUGCUGAGACGCUGCAUGGAGGCCCCCAUGACUGGCGGGUUGCCUCGGAGACCACACAUGCUCCACGUCAAUGACAAGAAGCUUCACAGGUUGCUGAGUAGGUGUGAGAAGGCCCUCACCAUUCUGAAGGUGGUUCUGUGGCCCCAGGCCCUGGGUGACUGGGGCCUCACAGAGGUGGAGCAGGUGGACGGAGGAGAGUCCUUCAGUAUGCGCUGGCCUCCGACCUGCUACUGUCACGUGUGUAAGAAACACUCCUUCCCCAGUCAGCUGAAACCAUGGUAAGGCGAGGAGAGAGAGAGAGAGAGAGACAGAGAGAGAGGCAGAGAGACAUAGAGAGACAUACAGACAGAGAGAGAGAGAGACAGACAGACAGAGGAAGAGAGAGAGAGA